GGUGCAUGCAGGUUGAGGUGCAUGAUGGUGCAUGCUUGGAGAAAUCUAGAGUUCAGUGGAGAAAUCAAACGAUACGGCCUUGAUCAAACGCGUCUCUGGGUAAGCCUGGGAAGCCCAAGACCAUAAGCCCACAGUUGAGCGAAUAGCGAUAGUGCUUAUCGAGCUGCGGAGGUGUUGGGGAGUGUGGUAGUGCCUGUCCGUGCUUGUCCGGUGACUUCUUGGACCACCGAAGCUUGAAACGUUAUUUCUCGGAAAGCCAAUGAACUGAAGUGAUAAGGAGCUGAAGGCUGAAGAUAUCACCAAAGGCAGAAGAUGAAGCCAGAUGCUGAGGACUGACGACUGCCAAGCGGAGAGGCAGCAGCAGCGGCGGUCUGAGGGAAGCCGUGCGGCAGCACUCGGCCGUCUGAGCUCUGAGGCCGCGCUCCGAGGGCCGCCAGCUGAAAACCUUCGCUGAUGGGGGCCAGAAGCCGUUCAGCCUCACCGUUCAGAAAAUUAGACUCCGGCGGUGGACUCCGGCCGGUUCGUCCGCCGGGCAGUGCCGGACGUACCCUGCUCUCGGACCGCUCCGUGGAACUGUGGCGCGACCCGGUGCGCUUUGUCAGCGCCGGCGUGGAGCAGCACGGCGCGCGCGCCUUCCUCACCCGGCUGCUGCUGCGGCCCACCGUGGUGCUGGCCGACAACCGGGCCGUCCGACACCUGCUGCGGGAUCGGGAGACGUUCCAUUGCGGUCUCCGCGACAUGUUUAUGCCUCUUCUGGGUGAAAACCUGGUGUUCAUGGAAGGGGAUCGAGCUGACUCCAUUCGGGCCAGCCUACACGGCCUGUUCAGCUCAGAAACGGCCACCAACUACCAGGCGAUCACGGAGUGGGUCACCCGCCACUGGCUGGAGCAGCUGGACUCUGACCGGCCGGUCGACCUGUACGCCGCCUUCAAGCAGCUCUCGAUGGAGCUGAACCUGGCCGUGUUUCUCGGCCUGGAGCGACGGGAGCGCGGAGCUGACGUGGCUGCCGUGACAGACAUCGCCACCACCCACUGGCACGGACUGUACGCGCUGCCCGUGUCGGUCAGCGUGCCGUUCGCCACCUCCUCCUCCUACAAACAGGCCAUGGACGCCAAGGAGCAGUUGCUCACACUGGCCGACCAGAUGCUCCGAGAUGACGCACAGUCCGCGUUCAUCGAGUCCCUAAAGCUGGCUGUGGAGGACCCGGAGACUCGCAGGAACCACCUGCUGCUUUGCGCGUCGGCCAUGAUACCCAAGGCGCUGGCCUCGUUACUCACGUCAGCUAUAGUGGCGUCACCCCAAUGGAAGGAGCGCUACGUGUCCGAUGACGGUGACAUCAGCGAUGACGACCUGACCUGCGUCCUGCUGGAGGUACAGCGGCUCUAUCCGCCCUUCUUCGGCGGUCGGAGGCUGGUCACCAGGGACGCCCAGGUGGGAGAGUACCUGGUGAGUCGCGGCCAGGCCGUCGUGUACGGAACGGCGGCCGCCCACCGCGACCCGGCCGUGUUCCCCAACGCCGACACCUUCGACCCGGAGCGGUGGAGGACUAGCAACAAGAACGACCAGGACAAGCUGUUUUGUUUCGGAGGCGGACCACGGGCUUGCAUCGGCCAAAAGAUGUACCAGCAUAUCCUAAAGGUGGCGUGUCGGAUGUUCAUCUCCGAGUUCGACUGGCACCUCCCUGCCACCUGGCGGCCGACCUGGAAACACCUGCCCGUGAGCCGUCCCACCAACCUGCCAUCACUGGUGCUGAGUCGGCGCUCCGAAGCCGAGCAGUGGCAGGACGCCACAUCGUGACCUGCCUGACUGAUCUGAGCCGAGACACUCUGUAGGAUGCUAGUCCGAUGACGAUCUGAUCUACAGCAUCACUCAGGGUGCCGAUAUUCUACCCGAGACAGGAUGAUUUUUAUACUCACGGCAGCGUGAGACUGCACAAUGUGGGUGAGGGAUUCGAACGAACUACAUUCCAUUGAUAGUACGAACAAGUGCAAGUGUCUGUGAUGCUUGGCCAGCCAUAACGAACAAAUGUUGCACUGAGGAACAAUGUCACUCUUCUCUGUGAUACUUGAGGAAUCGAGGAUCUAUGUUAUUUCUACAAGUAUUUCUACAAAUCGUGUAGUUUCACCUUGCUGCCUUCUGUUUUUACAAGUAUUGCGUAACGGUGGUUGUGAACGAAAUGCAGAGUUUUAGUGUACGUUUUCUAGUACAAUAUAAUUAUACAUUCGUUA